AUGGGUUAUGUCUCUGUGAAAGUGAUUCUAAUCUCCACCGGGGUCUUAUCAAUGGCAAUGGGUUUGAAACUCACACUCCCUUUGCUAUCGCAUUUCUUCCUCACCGAAGCCCCGCACGUGUGGACCUUCUUCCUCACGUGCUUCACUCCUCCCUACCUCUAUAUCCUCCUCAACUUCAUCAUCCUCACCAUCGUUGCUUCCUCCAAACUCAACAACCACCACCACCAACACUCUCCGGAUAACACCCUCCUCCUCCCCUCCGACCCGCCAAUCUACGACCGUCCACCCGCUGCUGUUCAGAUCCCCGCUCCGGAUACCGUUGACCCCUCCGCUGCCGUACAAACGGACUACACCGUCUCCUCUGACGAAUACCUUUACGAAACGAAACCCACGGUAAACUACGAUGUGGUCACGGAAGUUAACGGCUCUGUCGGUUGCGUUUACAACGAGAACACGCCGGUGAAACCUACUGUUCACGGCGACGAUGCCGUUGGCGUUCUCUCUCCGAGCGUGCAGAGGAAAGAUUCCUCGGAUUUCGCGUUCGCAGAUGAGAACGAGAAACCGCCCGUUUCUGCCAGAUUCAGUAACCGGAAAGCCGUUAGAGCCAGUCCCGAAGGGGGGAAGGUGGUGGCGUUGGGAGUGGCGAAGGCGAAGAAGCAAGAGACGUUGGAGAGCACGUGGAGGACGAUAACCGAGGGGCGAGCGAUGCCGUUAACUCGGCAUUUGAAGAAGGCGGAGACGUUGGAGACGCAGGGGACGCCGCUGAGGGAUUUGAACGGCGGAUCUGUGAUGAAGAAGUCGGAGACGUUCGCGGGGAGGGAGAAGAACGCGUCGACGAGGCUGAAGAAGGAACCGUCGCUGAGUCAGGACGAGUUGAACCGCCGAGUUGAAGCGUUCAUCAACAAGUUCAACACGGAGAUGAGGUUGCAGAGGCAGGAAUCGCUGAGGCAGUACAGGGAGAUGAUGAAUCGAGGAACUCACUGA